AUGAGUUCUAAAAGGAAGCUUGUCGACCGGGAGAUAUUUAUGCAAGCAAAGAAGCCAGUGUACGUACUUAGUGACUUCUACGAGAACAUCUCAUCAGAUGAAGAAGAAACCUUGGACAAAACGAACACUGCUGAAGAUGACCUCGAGCAUCUCUCCAUUAGUUCUUGCGAGUUCGCGGACCUGAGUAGUGUGGACGAGGCGUUCGUCGAAGAAAUCUUAGGUGAAGGCAACAUUGAUGAGCAGCAAGUGCAUAAUGAAGAAGACGGGGACAAACGAGUGCGUAACGAAACUGAUGUGAUUAGCGACAGUCCUAGCGACGAUUACAGUGACGUAAGUGAUGAAAGUAAAAAAACUGAUGAAAACAACAACGUCACAAUCCGAGAACGAUCGACAAUAUGCCUAACAUUAAACAAAACGGUGAUACGCAAACCGGACGGUACUGAAGAAGAAAUUAGAGACUCUAAAAUCGUAUAUUCCAAAGACUUAAAUCCAGAGGACAUCGAUUUCAGAGAUGUGGUCAGUGAAAUAUUACGCGAAAUUUCCAAACAUUUCGAGCACGGCAAUGUAAGAAAUGUCAGAGGGGACAUGUCUGUGUAA